AUGAGCGAUGCCUUCUUCAGUCCAUGGCUUGGCAUGGACACAACGGACAACAUGAACCUACUCCAGCUUGUCAACCCAUGGUCAGGCAACUCGUGGGGCUUUUACACAGAAUAUUACCAGUGGUCACCGACCGAAAACAUAAACAGUAACUUUCGUGGUACAGUGGCAGGGCAUACUCUCUAUGGCAGCUUAACGUACAACGGCGAUCAGACGUAUACAUUAAUGCAGCGCGACUUGAAUACAGGUGACUACAGCACAAUGCAAAUCCCCGUGCAGAAGUAUGCGAACGGAACGUACAAGAACUACACAAUUCCGUAUAUUGUCUAUGAGAAGGUGGCGGAUUGCCAGGACUACCCCCCAGAUGAGGCUGUUAACUUCUACGAGAUUUCAUUGUAUUGCAACGGAGAGAGGAUAUAUCCCAAGUGGAUUCCAGGUGCGGUGGACGAGGUGUGCGACUUUGCCGCGCACAGCGAUUCCCCCGACGUUGUCAACAUCACGUGGAGCACCACAUCAAAGAGGCGCCCCACGCGCGCACAAAUUGAGAGGAACAAAUACACCGGUCUCGGGCGUCACCACGUCCUACAGGUAUUGCGGCCAAGGAAUGUUUAA